AUGGAACUUGAUAGCAUCCACAGUAAAGAAGGUAAUGCAAGAACAAACCAAUCUGGUGGAGCAAAGAUUGACAACUCCAUCUCUCUCAUGGUACCAACUGAAGUAGCUAAUAAACCACAAGGUAUUAACCAUCAUCUCAAGCAGAAUGGUAAAACUAUCCCUACAUGGAGCCAACUGUUAAAAUUUGGACAGGUGAGAGUAUCUCCGAGAUCUAAGAAUGGAGUACCAACAGAGACCUUGCCCCAGAAGGUUACAAGUGAUAUAAAUGAGAAGGGCAAGGCUAUAGUGAAUGCAGUGGAAUUGGUCACCAAGGAAUAUUUUGAUGAUCCAGAAUGUAACUACAAUGAUCAAGGUCAAGCUCAAAGUGAGUUGCGAGAGCAAACCACUCUACAGGACACUCAAGAUACUCAGGUAACCUCUAUAGUCAUCAAUGACUCUCAUCAUAUAGUGUCAAACCCAGAACCUGUUCUUGCUUCAAUUAGGUUUGGUAAUCUGGAAAUUGAGGGAGGUCAACUUGUUGUGGAACUCAAUGCCCAAUCAGACAACUCAGAAGGAAAACCUAAAGAGCCAAAACCACCCCCAAAACGGUAA